CCAAAUCCAAAAUUAAGCAAUAAAAAAAAUUGAAAAAGGUACGUUAUGUCUUUUUCAAAAAAAUUUAAAGAAAACCAAAAACCCAAACCAAACGCUCUCUCGUACGUUCAUUGCACUCGCUUUCCAUUUUCCAUUUUCCAUUUUCCAACGCAACAAAAACAUUUCUUGCUUCCUUUUUUUUUUUUUUUUCUUUGAGGAGGACAAAAGUAAAAAUCUCGGGCUGUUCGAGAUUUCGAAAUCGGUCGAUUUCUUCAACGGAUCUGCUUCGAUUUUUAUUUUAAUUCUCUGUCUGGUUUAUGAUCUUUAAUUUUUAUUUUUUUUAAUCGGAAAAACUUGAAUAUCUUUUUUCCGAGCUAUGAAAUGUGUAGACUUAGUUGGAUCUUCAAGAUCUUGAUCUAAUCUCCUAUUAGAUUCCUCAGGAGUGAGUCCCAUGUUAUCAGAAAGAUAGAUUUCAGAGAAGUCAGCUUGAACAUUCAGCUAAAAGGGCAGAUGAGGGAAAACGGUACAGCUAAUGGCUUGAAUGGAUCUCACGAUGUAGAUAUUGAACAAAUGGAAAGCUUUGAAGGCCUGAUUAGUGGUGAUUGGCUGUCUUCAUUGGUGGAAUGGUUAAAUGGCAUGAUUCCUGAUUUAAGAUUGCCAUUAGAUGCAACAGAAGAGGAGCUGAGAGGGUGUUUGAUUGAUGGAAUUAUUUUUUGUACCAUUUUGAACAAGCUGCGUCCUGGUUCUGUUGAAAUGGAUGUUGGUCCCCAAUGUGGCCCUGUAAAUGUCAAGAGGUUUCUGAUUGCUAUGGAUGAAAUGGGGUUGCCCAGCUUUGAAUUGUCUGACAUAGAGCAGGGCCACAUGAUGCCAGUUUUAGGGUGCCUUAAGACACUUAGGGCAUGUUUCAAUUCUAAUGAUGAGGCCAAUAGUGUCCAAAAUCCUUCCAGGAAGAGAUGGAAUCUUUCUGGUGAAUUUGAAAGCAUCCAAUUGAAGCAAGGUUGUUAUGCUGAUCUUUCUGAUGCAACAAUUUUGGAAUUAUUGAAAUCAAGCAGUUUAGAUAAUGCCUCUACUCAAUCACUAUUCAGUAUACUGUACAGGAUUAUGGAUGAAAGUAUUGAAAGAAAGAAGGGAGAUGUACCUCAUCGUGUAGCAUGUCUGUUGAGAAAGAUCAUACAAGAGAUAGAAUGGCGAGUUUCAACUCGGGCAGAAAACUUAAAAAAUCAAAACAACCUUUACAGGGCUCGGGAGGAAAAGUAUCAAUCAAGGAUAAGGGCACUUGAGACCCUAGCAAAGGGAACCAUGGAGGAAAAUAAGGUAGUUAUAAAUCAACUACAGCAUAUAAAGAUUGAAAAGAGCAAACUGGAGGAGAAAGGUAAAGCAGAAGAGCAGGAUUUGCUUCAGCUUAAGAAGGAGAGGAUUCAGAAUGACUUUGAGAUUUCUAGACUAAGAGAGGAACUAGAGAGCAGCAAAAAGAUGCAUGAAAGGCAUUGUCUACAGUUGGAAGCCCAGGCUGAGGAUACUAAAGUGAUGUUAGAAAAGAAGUUAAAUGAACUUGAGUAUCUUUUAAGCAAUUCUAGGAAAAAAGUGGAUGAGCUUCAGUCAUUUUCUGAAUCUAAACAAAAGAGAUGGAAAAAUAAAGAGCACAGUUAUCAGAGCUUCAUUGAUCAACAGUUCGCGGCUUUAAAGGAAUUAAGGGAUGCUUCUAAGUCUAUCAAACGUGAAGCCCUAAAGACUAAAAGGAGCUACUCAGAGGAACUUAGUUACUUAGGAAUAAAGCUUAAAGGACUAAUAGAUGCUGCAGAAAAUUAUCAUUCUGUUCUUGCUGAAAACCGAAGAUUGUACAAUGAGGUUCAGGAUUUGAAAGGAAAUAUUAGAGUCUAUUGUAGGAUAAGGCCAUUCCUUCCAGAGCAAAGUAAGAAACAAACAACAAUAGAAUAUAUUGGUGAGAAUGGUGAAUUGGUUGUUUUGAAUCCCUCAAAGAAAGGGAAGGACACUCAUAGGCUCUUCAAGUUUAACAAGGUUUUCAGUCCAGCAGCUACCCAAGAGGAGGUAUUUUUAGACACCCAACCAUUGAUUCGAUCUGUUCUUGACGGUUACAAUGUUUGCAUAUUUGCUUAUGGUCAAACUGGCUCAGGAAAAACUUAUACAAUGAGUGGACCUAAUGUGUCUUCUAAAGAAGAUUGGGGAGUCAAUUACCGAGCACUCAAUGAUCUUUUCCAAAUCUCUCAAAGCAGGAAGAGCUCCAUUAUAUAUGAAGUUGGUGUUCAAAUGGUUGAGAUAUAUAAUGAACAAGUUCGUGAUCUCCUUGUAGGGGACAGUUCUCAGAGAAGACUUGGGAUUUGGAGCACCACCCAACCAAAUGGGUUAGCUGUCCCUGAAGCAAGUAUGCAUUGUGUAAAAUCAACCACAGAUGUUCUGGAGUUGAUGAAUAUUGGGUUAAUGAAUAGGGCUGUAGGUGCUACAGCCCUAAAUGAGAGGAGUAGUAGAUCACAUAGUAUUCUCACCGUUCAUGUUCGUGGCACGGACUUAAAAACUAAUGCUGUCUUGCGUGGUAGUUUACAUUUGGUGGAUCUCGCUGGCAGUGAAAGGGUAGGUCGUUCUGAAGCAACUGGAGAUAGGCUUAAGGAGGCACAACAUAUAAACAAAUCGCUGUCAGCUCUUGGAGAUGUAAUCUUUGCUCUGGCACAAAAGAAUGCUCAUGUCCCGUAUAGAAAUAGCAAACUAACUCAAGUUCUCCAGAGUUCUUUGGGUGGCCAGGCAAAAACCCUUAUGUUUGUGCAGCUUAAUCCUGAUGUAGAUUCAUACUCUGAAACUGUAAGUACUUUGAAGUUUGCCGAGAGGGUUUCCGGUGUUGAGUUAGGUGCUGCAAGGACCAACAGAGAGGGGAGAGAUAUCAGAGAACUUAUGGAACAGGUUGCAUUCCUCAAAGAAACCAUCACAAAGAAAGAUCAGGAGAUUGAGCAUUUGCAGUUACUUAAGGGUAAUGGCAAUAGUACUAAGCAUGGUAUGAGCUCACUGAGGUAUGGAUCUUCCUCUCCUAGGGGACACUCCAGUGGGAAUCCUCGACAAAGUCAGGGUUUUUCAAGACGGCAAAGCUUGGGAAAUUUUGAGAAAGUAGCUUUUGAUGUGGACAAUUGCUUGGUUAACAGCGAUAAGAAUUCUGAAACUGGCUCUCAUUGGUCAAUGGAUGACUCAAAGCAUCACAUUGAAUCUUCUGUGCAGACAAACCUUGCAGGAAGAGAUUUGGUUCAGAAUAUUGCUGAUGAUAUUGAACUCUUGGGCUUUGGAGAUGCUGAUUCAGAGGAGAGAUUAAGUGAUAUAUCUGAUGGUGAUCUAUCAAUGGGUGGUACAGAAACUGAUGGCUCAAUCUGUAGUGCUGUAGAAUUCACUCUUUUCCCUGAAGUUUCAAAACCUUCUGAUAAACCAGAGAAGGUUGAGAAAUCUGACAAAGCUGAAAAAUCUGAUAAUAUUGGGAAGUCCAUCGUCCCUUCUAAGCUUCCAAAGCUGUCUCAAAAGGUUGUGCAAACGAAAUCUGCUCGAUUGUCAAUGCCAAGGAGCUCCUCAAAGGUUUCAUCAAGUGCUAGGAAAGUUACUGCUGCCACCGCUGGCAGUUCUUCAACUAAGCCUCUGAAAAGACGGCAGUGAUUUGAAUUUAUAUCUUGGAUGGUAGAAGAAAUGUGACUCAGCUUAGUCUGUAAUUAUAUUGACAGCUUUACUAUGUUUAUUGCCGUAGGUUGUUCCUCACUUCCAUGGUAAUAGUAGAGAACUCCUCACUUGUAACAUACAUGGCUCAAGGGUCAUAUCAGCCCCUUCACUCUGGUUCUCAUCACAUUGCCCAGCUAAAAUGGAGGGUAUGGAGUGGGCGGAGAGCGAAAGGGGAGGGGAAGAACAACCCAAUUGACUGAUUAUUAAAACGAAAAGAAAAACCAGAAAGUUAUUUAGCUAUUUGUUUAACGUUUACAAAAAUUAAAAAUGAUGAAAUGAUGUUGCAUUUGUAAGUUUUCAAUUUAAUUUUAAAAAUUGAAGAAUUAUCCAUGCAUUUUAUGCUAAUACCAUAUUAUUUGGGAAGAAGAGGCCACCCAUUUCAUUGCAUUUGAAGAGUUUUUUGGUUUUAACCAUAUUCCUCUGCUGUGUAAGGACUUAUUUUCUUCAUUCCACUGCAAUUGCGGUUUUGAAAUCUAUGGUAUGAAAACAAGCACACUAAAAAUAUCAGAAAGGAACAGAGGCACAUGCCAUCGAAUGGCGACCAAAUUCAAACUUAUAGUAACAUGUUAAUUGAACAUGAAAUCAAUUGAAGGGAAUCAUCAGAAAGAGGAAGAUGUUCCAACAGCCCCAACUCCAGUUCACCGAAAACCUAAUGUUCCAACAGUAUGAGGAUCAGUUUUAAUGUUUAGUAAAUAGCUGUAAC